AUGUUGCACGAGUCCGAUUCACCUCCAGCGUAUACUACGCAUGCUGAUAUACCACCAUCGAGCGAAGCCACCACAGCACCAGCCUACACUCCACGAUAUACGCCCACAGAGCAAGCAGAGUCCCAAUCACCGACACCUCGAGCAUCCAGAAACCUACCACCAUCGAGACCGCUCCAGCGUACUGAUCGCUUGGAACUUACCAACCAACCCCCAACCUCAGACACUGACCGAACAGAGCGCGAUGAAGAAGCCGGUAACACCUCUACCGCUGCAGGCAGGUCUUCAAAGUCUGGCGAUUGUGGUAAUUGUGUUGCCCUCAUCGUCUGUAUAUACCUCAUGGGCUUGUUCGGCACCAUGUGUGCCACUGCUAUAUACUUGACCAGUACCGCUAUAGCUCUCAAGGACAAUUCGUGGUGGCUAAAACGAAUGUAUGAGGCUAGGCCGACAGUCACCUGGACUGUUACGCAGACGGUCACGAAGUUGGAUUCGGGACUUGCGAGUACUGUCACUGUUACUGCAGAUGGAUACAGGACUACGGGUACGGCGAUCCAGGAAGGUGUGGUGACGGUUACAGAGACUGCAUGGGAUAUGUUGCCUACUGGGGUUCGAAUAGUUGAUUCACCUACUGGCGUCUGA